GCAAUAGUCCUGCUAAGUAAUUUCCAAUAAAUGCCCUUGUUUUUCCAUUUCGGGCCCUUUCUAACAAUUUUUUUUUUUUCACAGGCAAAUUAAUCCUCUCCUAAGAACUUGAAUAUUGCUCUUUGAUUUUGUCGCUUCGCCCCACCCCUCUAUUUUCAGUGACGACAAUAAACAGUCGAUUACAUUUUUUAAUCAUUGGGUUGAAGAUCCUAAAUUUUACCCUACUGACUCACUUUUUUCUUUAAGAAACUUUGGAUAUUUAAUACAAACUUCCAGGAAGCUUGAAAAAGUAAUGGUCAUCCAGUUUGUUGUAAACCAAGUUUUGUUAAAUAAAUCAGGUAAAAACAAGCGGCUACUUUCGAAUCACCACCAAAUGUUUGAGUUUUUGCCUGUGAGAAGAAACUUGUAUCAACAACCAUUGUUUGGGUGGUUUCAAAACAGAGCAAUGACAUCCAGUAGACGAGUCCAAGACCGAAGCAAGAACAAAAGAAUCCACCAUCUUGAAAUCGUAAAGGAGAAAUGGAAAAUAUCAUCACGGGUAUUGUUUUUGAUGGAAGUUUUAAGGAAAGAACCCGAGAUGAUUAUCCCCAUAAGGUCAUUGGACCACUACAGGAAGCAAAUUAAUUUACCGAAGCCCCACAAAGUAACUGAUUUCAUUCGGAAAUGUCCCAAGUUGUUUGAAUUAUAUAAGGAUCAAAGGGGAACGUUAUGGUGCGGAAUGACUAAAGAAGCUGAGGAUUUACUGGAAGAAGAGGAAAGGUUGAUUGAGGAACAAUCAAGUAAAACUGUUGAGUUUGUUACUAGGAUUCUAAUGAUGUCGGUUGAUAAACGGAUUCAGUUAGACAAGAUUGCUCAUUUCAGGAGAGAUUUUGGUUUGCCGAUUGAGUUUAGGACCAAGUGGGUGAAUCAAUAUCCUCAACAUUUUAGGGUGGUAAAAUCUAAAGAUGGGGUUGAGUUUUUGGAGCUUGUAAAUUGGAAUCCUGCUUGGGCUAUUACAGAGUUGGAGAAGAAAGCAUUGGGUUUGAGUAAUGGGAUUGGACGUGAACCGGGUUUACUUUCUUUGCCUUUUCCUUUGAAAUUCCCUCCUAAUUACAAGAAAGUGUACAGACAUGGAGGGAAGAUUGAGCAUUUUCAAAAAAGAUCUUAUUUGUCUCCGUAUGCGGAUGCUAGGGAGCUGAAAGCAGGGUCAUUGGAAUUUGAUAAGAGGGCAGUUGCUGUUAUGCAUGAGUUACUUAGCUUUACUAUUGAGAAGAGAUUGGUGACUGACCAUCUCACUCAUUUCCGACAGGAGCUUGUGAUGCCACAGAAGUUGAUGAGACUUCUUUUGAAGCAUUUUGGCAUCUUUUAUGUUUCUGAAAGGGGCAAGAGAUUUAGUGUCUUCUUGACUGAAGCUUAUGAAGGUUCAGAGCUGAUUGAGAAAUGCCCGUUUGUGCUUUGGAAGGAAAAGGUCCUAAGCCUUGUUGGUUAUAGAGGAAAGAAGAAAGAGAUUCCUACUUUCAGUGACCUAUCAGACAUGGAAGAAAAGGAUUUAAUUGAGGUUGAUACUGAGAAUGACAACAUAUCUGUGGAAUUUGAGGAAGAGGAGACCAUGGUUGGUUUAGAGGCUGUUUCACUAACUAACAAUGAUGAGUUGGAGAUUGCUCAUGUUUGCAGUGCAUGCAAAGGCACUGAUAAAACUUGAGGUUACUUUCUUUUGUACAUUUAGUUUUUGAAACUUCAGUUACUUCAGUUAAGUUUGAAAUUUCAAAGAUGUCAUUACUUCAAUGAAAUAUUUUAAGCUCAACAUAUUGCCUCCAUGGUAACUGUUUAUACAUGUUUUACUCUGUGCUUUUUAAGCUAUUAUCUUGCUUAAUAUAAAUUGCAUGUCGAAAGUGAGGAGUAAAGGUACAUUUGAUGUGAUAGAUGUGAAGAUAUUCACUGUUCAGGUAGGCUCUUAAAACACUCCUUAGAGCUCAUGACUUUUAAUUUCAUAUAUCUGAAAAUGAUUGGUUGUUCUUGGUAUGAGUUGCUGUUUGUUUCUGAAAAAGCUUGGGUUGCGUUUCAAAUUGAGUUAUAUAGAUGGGGUCUCAAUUAUAUCUAUUGAUUCCUUGGUAAUUUGUAUCCAGUAUUGAAGGAAAGCAAUCAAUAUCAUAUACCAUUUUGCUUGCUUCUGAUAUUUUAAUGUUCAGUUCAAUUUGCAGAUUUUGAAAUUUGGAAAAAUGGUUUCUCCAUUAUUUUGACCUUUAAUUAUAACCAAUAAUUAUUAUAAUGUGUUAAGGCUAUAGGCAAUGAAUUUCAUUGUUCGAUUGUGACCUUUUCUCUUUUUGCAUGAAAAUAUGUUCUUUGAUUGAAGCUUACUUCAUAUGAAUAGAGCUUCAUUGUACUGCUCUUAAUUGGCCCUAUCAGAUACAAGCUUUUCUUUUAGAAUGAAAAGUAUAAUAGUCAAAGCUUUAGGCAUGAACUGUAUAUUCUUGAAAAACUGCUGAUUGCAGCAUAUUUUCUUAUCAUUUUUUUAAACUCCAUAUUUCUCCAAAUUAUUGUUUAGCUCAUUUUUGUUCUGUUCAAGCUGUUCACUGUUUCACAUUUUUCCUUUCAUUCAGAUUGCAUAUUCAGCAACCAGAUGGCUUUAUAUAUGUAACUGCUUCAUUUGGAUGAUGGAAAUUUUAAUUUGCAAUAUAUCAUAGUAGCUUGAAUUCGCAAUAUGAAAGCUCUCCUUCAACUAGGGCUCCUGUCUGGGUUUCCUAAUGGAACAAUGAAACUCAUUCAACAAUGGAAAGAUGUACAGCGAAAUGACAACAGAAAAACACUCGGACAUGAAGUGAUGGCUCAACAGCAAGAACAAUCAGACAAUAAAUGGACCAUGUUCCAUUUUCAUGACUCAUACUUUGGCUGUAACUUAUACAUAAUUUCUUCGGCCAAACUAGAAUCUUUUAUACAAUUUAUAGAAAAUCAAACCAAAUCAUGUGGUUGUAGAUUUCAAUGUUUCUAUUGUGAUAAAUUUAACUCCAUCUAGCAUAGAAAUUAAAUUUGAAAGUUACUGUCAUCUAAUUGCUGUCCCUUGCUGAAUGAUCACAACCUAUCAUAUCUUCUCAAGCAGGAAAGAAACUGAAAUUUCAUCCAACUACAGUAUAAAGUUUUUAUGAUGGUGACAUUUUAAUAUCUUGAAAAAGAUUGCAAUUAUAUUUGUUUUUAGUAACUUUGAAUUUACUUAUGGGUCUAAAUUAACUAACAUAGGUUGAGCGAAGCCCUCGCGCUCACUCUCACCCAACUUCUUUAAAUGUACAUGGGG